AAAACAUACCCAAUGGGGUGGGUUGCCCUAUUCUUUCUGGUUCUCCUGCGAUGUGCCGUUGCCAUCUUUCAAAACACGUUUAGCCCCAUCCCGAACGUGGUUGCAAACUAUCUUAAUGUCAGCUUGACCGGCAUUAACUGGCUCUAUAAUGUCGUCAGUAUAGUUUAUAUUGUAGUAAGCUUCGGUACAGGAUGGUUAUAUGAAGUACUUGGGCCAAAGAAAACGUUUGCUGCCGUUUGGUUUACUGAAGACAAGCGUGCAACUGCAGGAAUGUUUGUCGGUAUGUAUCCUUUUAUAAGAGUGAUUAUGGUAGCUGUAAUCUGCACUAUAGCUCUGAUUCCUCAGUUCUUUAUUCCAGCGAAGCCAUCCACUCCUCCAUCCAUUAUUGAAAUUAGACAGCAAUCAUCAUCGUCAAUGUCAUCUGACGCACGAUUAUCUGUCUGGAAAAGCACUCGAAUACUUUCAAAGAAUGUCCAUUUCUGGAUUCUGUGCGGCAUCCACGGGUUAAACGUCGGCUUAAGUAUCGCGUGGGGUGGAUUAACCAACCAAGCUUUAAGCCCUUAUGGUUAUUCUGACCAAGAAUCUGGAAAUAUUGUUGCCGUUGGUAUCUGCGCAGGAACUUUGGGCUGCUUAACGGCUGGUCCGUUAUUAGAUGCAACUAAACGGCACAAUCUUUUCUUAAAACUGAUGGCUCCAUUUAUGUGCAGUACUUAUGUCGCAUUCGUCUUUAUAAGUAUGCUUCUUGCUUACACACAACCUACCUUUUUUUUUUGUACUUUAGCCACGUUUCCCGUACCCGAAUCCAUAUCCACAUCCAUUCUUUGGCAGAUUGGCCAGCUGAUUGGUUUCAUUCUGGUGUUAAUCAUGGACAACUUCCGAGAUCCAAAUGGAAAUCCACCUAAUAACAUGUUCAAGGCCUUGAUAUUCCAAGCGGCUAUUUCGGCAGUAUGUGUUGCUUUAUGUGCCAUCUAUUGUGGUCCCAUGAAACGUACAGAAGCA